AUGAUAGAGCCCGAUCGUUUGCUCGAACAAUACCAAGCUUAUCUGGAUGAUAAUGGUGGUAUUCUCGUUGACUCCAUUCCGAAACUACUGGAGCUGAUGAAUUCAGUUAACGGGAAACUGGUUCCGAAGUGCAUUUCGCUGUGCAUUAUUUCCUCCUCUAUCCCGGAUACUCAAUAUAAAUUGUGCAAGGCUGGGGCGUGGGAUAUUCUCCUUAAAUGGUUACAAGAAGCCCUGAAAGAAGAUAACUUUUCCUUUUUGAUUGAGUUGCUGAACCUCUACUUGAAACUGCCGGUCCGUUUGGAGCAACUUACACAGAAUGUCUGUCCGAAAUUGAUCAAUUCCUUAACAAAACGGUCUGUGAAAUCCAUUGCAGCGGAGAUCGUGAAGAAGUGGAAGGCAGUUAUCAGCACCGACUCUCGGCGUGUCGUUGAUCAUACCGAGUUGAAACGUAAAAAGUCCGAAACCGAUGUAAAAUCCGAACCUGUUGCCCCCGAUUCAUUGAAAGAUGAAAAGAAACGUAGGCGCACCGUAAAGGUCCCUCCUAUGACGAUGCGCACUGCUGGAGUCGAAGAAGCUACCGACAUACAACCUAAGUCUCGUUCUGAGGUUUUGUCAAAGAGAAAUAAAAUGGAAACUGAGUCUAAGCCUCAAGAGUUACCUAUUGAAUCAUUUCAUCAAAAAAUUACAGUCACUCCUACGGAACCCAGAAAAGUUAACGUCAACCGUUUUUCUGUGGAAGAGAUCCGACGAAAGGAACUUUCAAUGGAGCGACAAUUGUUCAAACGGAGUGCCGAUGAUUUCACGAUAAGCACAGAGAAGUGGCAUUCUCCGUUGCCUUUGGAACGCGUGUUUCUUGUCGAACCCGGUUGCAAAUCAGAGGAGCGGCAGACGCAAACAGAACGAGAACGUUAUGUUCUUCAAGCGAUUUACUUUACCCGCGAAAGCAUUCCACCUACUCCUGAAGAACCGGAUGUUGAAGUUGUGGAACAUACAACUCCCGUGGAUAUUCCCCUUGAGGAUCUCACUCUCCUGGAGCCAGUGGUCGAAGGUGCACAGUUCGCGCCCGAAAAAUUGCUUGUUGUUCAAGAUACCAUGGGUAACGCACAGUUAUGGGAUGUGCUUGAAGAGAAUUAUCCUGAUAUAAAAUUGCAAGAACUGAGUGCGGAACGUAUACGUGAUUUGCUUGAACCCUUGCGUGACCAACUAGUUGCACGAGGCAUCUUUCAAAUUCCGACUGCCGAUGUCUACGCCGCUCCGAACACCCAUCCUUCUCCACCAUUGCGACCUCCUAUGCGUUUCAGCUGCCCACCAGCUGUUCCUCCAAAUUAUCACGGCCCACCCCCGGCACCACCACCACCACCACCUACUUUGGUACCCGUAUCUCAUCCGGAUUUCCGAUCCAGUCAUCCCACUUCAAGACCAGGUCCUCCUAUGCAUAAUGGUUACCGAGGUAAUAGUAUGCCGCCUGCUGGACAUGGACCACCACAUUUCCUUCCUCAAGGUCCACCACCUCCUUUUGCUCGAGGCCCCGGGCCGAUGCGAGGUCCACCUCCACCGCCACCAUCGCAAGGACCUCCACCUGGACAUAGACCUGCUCCUUACAUACGCGGAACGGGCCGCGGUCGAGGAACGCAGCCAUGUAAAUUCUUUCAAUUAGGUCAUUGUCGCAAUGGGCCCGCUUGUACAUUUUUGCAUUCGAACCGAUGA